AAUCCGGCCAUUUGUUAACAAUGGCGGACGAACAUGGGGAAGAAUCUGAGAUUAACGUCAGUGUUUCUUCUCAAGAAAAAGAACAAGUUGAACAGCGCGUUGAAGAAGAAAUUGUCCAUGAAGUUGUCUCACCAGACCAGUCAUGGAGGCAGGACGAAUCUGAUUUAAUUCUUAACUUGGAACGUGAUGAAGGAGACGGUAGUGCGAAGACCGAUGACGAGGAAGGAAAUGCUACCGAGCACGCGGGCGAGCUGGCCGAGGACGGCCCGCUAGACGACCCCUUCAUAGACGAUGCUGGCGUCUUCUGUCUGGACACCGAGGCUGAAGUGAAGCAGAAAAUCUCAACUUACGAGACGAAAUCGGGGACGCAUUUCAUUGUGCUGAAAAAGGAAAAGGGUUAUACUCAAACUAGAUGGAAGUUCAAGAGGCUGAGUUGGUCACAGAAAUCCUCCAGCACAGUAGCCAUCCCGUUUGACGGCACGCCCUUCAUGUAUCUUGGACAAGUCCUGAUGGGCUGCCAUCAGGGCAAGGACAAGAACAAGGGCAUCAAGAAGAAGUACCGAGAAAAAGUUGCCAAGCGUACUGAGAGUAAAGACGAUGACUACAGACCCACCAAGCGACUGUUGACGCCAUCAACAAAGAAGUUGGACUGCCCAGCAGUAAUGAGCAUCAAGAAAGUGAUCAAAUUCCCAGACUACAAGGUUGCUGCUAGCGCCUCAAUACACACCAAACGGAAGACGUUCCAGGAGAUAGGGGCCAUCAUGAAGAAGGACGCAAAGUCCUUAAACCUAGAGAUGAAGUUUUACCUGAAGGUUCCAGACAUCGGGCAACACGAGAACCACCCUGUUGGCGUGGAGUACGCCAAAACCUUGCGCUCAAAAGUCAGCCGUCCCUCUGUGCGUAAGAUGACCUUUAAGGCGGUGGUGGAGGCUGCGCAACGCAUCAGCAGCCUCAUCAACGUGACGCCCAUCCAUCGGAGCGCCACCGUGGACCAGCUGACAGGACGCAAAGUCUUCUUCAAAGCCGAGCUGUUCCAGAAGACGGGGUCCUUCAAGGUCCGAGGAGCUUUGAACGCUAUACUGUGUUUGAAGGAAAGAAAUGUGCCUUUUAAUGGUGUGGUGACACAUAGUACCGGCAACCAUGGCCAGGCACUGGCCUAUGCCGCUCAACUGAUAGGUGUCCAGUGUGCUGUGGUCAUCCCUGAUGACACGCCGGCUGUCAAGGCAGAAGCCAUCAUGAAUUACGGAGCACAGCUGAUCUUCUGCCAGCCUUCACAGGCGUCCAGAUCAGAGACGUGUGCCAAAGUACAAGAAGAGAAGGGUUAUCAUUACGUGUCGCCUUAUGAUGAUUACGAUGUCAUCGCUGGCCAGGGUACGCUAGGCUUGGAGCUCUUAGACCAGUGCCCCAAUGUGCAGGCAAUCCUCAUACCUACCAGCGGGGGCGGCCUGGCUGCAGGGAUUGCUACAGCUGUCAAGGGAAUCAGGAAAGAUGUCAAAAUUUUCUGUGUGGAACCGGAGGGGAAAGACCUAGAAAAAUCCCUUCGACAUGGGAAGCGAAUGUGGCCCAACCCGCCCCGCUCACUCCAGACAGUCGCUGACGCCAUCCGCACGCAGCAGCUGGGAAAGUUGACCUUUCCAAUCCUCAAGGAAAAAGCAGAGAAGGACGUCUUCACAGUGAGUGACAGAGAAAUCGUCGCAGCUAUGCAAUUUGCAUGGACAAGGUUGAAGUUGCUAAUUGAGCCAGCCGCUGCUACGGGAGUGGCUGCCAUUUUCUCUGACCGGAUGAGAGAGAUUGAUCCCUCCAUGGAGAAUGUGGCAGUCAUUCUGUGCGGAGGCAACGUGGACCUGGCGAGACUACCGUGGCCUCAGAUGAAGUAGGACUGAGCAGUCCCAACUUGUAGAAUUGGAUGUUGAUUUGACACAACUGGUGUGGACUCUGUUUUUACAAGUACCCCCUCAACGGUUGACAAAGAGACAGUCAGACAACUGUAGCACACAUUCUGAUGAGUUUUAGCAGUGUGUAAUUCGAGCGAAACAAGCACAGAUCGCUGCACACAUGUGUGGUGUCAUGGAGCUCUCAUCAAUGAUCACAAAGGGCCAUAUACUGCUCAUGCACCGAGACUGUAAUGUUGGCUCUUCGAGUUACCGUGGACAUUGUCCAGAAAUAUUGAAAAAGAUCACAGGCCAAUAAGCGUUACUGCGGUAUUUUAUGAGAUGGAAUUUGCAUUUUUUUCCUCUUCCUUUACCCUUCACUUAAAAAUGUUCAAUAUUCAGUGUUGUCUGAGGGUUUGCGAGAAAAACUUCACUAGCUUACUCGGGUGGGACUCGAACCGGCUGAUUAAUAUGGAUGUCUUGCCUCAAAGCAUUACUUUGUUGUUUAAAGGUAGAGUACAUCAUUUGCAGCUAUCCAAAAAGUAACUGACCAAAUUAUUGUUGAAAAGCUUACUUGGUUUUAAGAUUGUAAUGGCGCUAAACUCCCUGUGAAAUUAUUCCUUCAGGUAUGCUGUCAUUUGGAAGAAAACCAUCAAAGAAGGCCAUUUCAAAAGAUGCGUCACGUGACGCAUUUUUGGAAAUUUCCGUUAGUAGUUGGUUUGUAUUUCAGCGAAUCCAUGAAUGGGUGGGCACAAGCGUUGAUUGCUAUUAUCUGUCAGUUCAGUGCGUGACAUCACGUAGCUGCAAUCGGCUGAAUGAGAACGUAUCCCGGACACUGAUUUCUGGCACAAUUCAAAACAUGACUCGGCAAAGUUUGAAUUGAAAUCGAGAUCCUAGAAUAUUGUUUUCUCGGAACAUACAGCAUUCACUGAGCUGAAACUUCAUCAGGUUAAUAGUUGUUCAGCAUCUGUCUCUAGAUUUUAAGCACUUUUGUUGCUUCAAAUGAAAAAAAAUGCACAAAUGACAACUGAUCUACCCUGCAUGUAACUAAUGAUCUCUGGAUGCAGAACAAAACAGCAGUUUGCAAAUAGUGAUUCUGUUAUUGACACGAGUUUAUUUCUUUCCAUGUUAUCAGCCAUUAUAUACUUGUGUAUUGAGAACUGAAUUCUAAAAUUAUCAAGCACAAUUUCAUACAGCACAAAUGAUGCCUUCCAGUCUCUUCCAUUUCUAAUCUAUGCCUUUCUUUGUAACAAGCAGUUGCAAAUUAUUGUGUAAAAAUGUACAAAGUGAUCAGUCAUUUAAUAAAAGUGAAAUCGAAAAA